GUAUAAUUGUCUAUUUAUUCUAUUCUAGAACAAACCCAUUCAGAUUAUUUACCAAAUCGAGUGAUAUCAGUUUUUAUAAUAAAGACACUUAAUCGAACAUUAAACAUAGACCUACUGGAAUAUAAUAAAGAUGCAACCUAAAAUGGAAGUUGGAACUAUACUUGAUCAACCUGGAAAAUCAAUACCACCUCGUAAUCUCACUCUGGUACCUCCACCUCAUCGACAAUGGACUAGUGGGAUUUGUUAUUGUUGCAAAAAUAGGGAUUGGGGUUGUUUUGCGGUAUGUUGUUACUUCUGUCUAUUAAAUCAACUGACAAAGGCAAUGAAUGAAAAAACUUGUUAUCCAUGUUUACCAUGGUGUGGAUUAGUAGGAUUAAGAAUGAAAAUGAGAACAAGUUAUGGAAUAGAGGUAUGCAGAUUGAUUGCAAUCAUUUAUAAUUAUUCUAAUCAUUAAUCUUACAACUUUAUGUAAUGUAUAAACUUAUUCAGGUUAACAAUGCAUCUUAGUUAUUUUAACAUUAAUAAUUUCAUUUUACUUAACAAUCCUAAAUUCACAUAAUAAGACAUUAAACGAUAUAUCUUACCCCAAACCUGG